CGGACGGGGCCGCGCCCCUGGUGCCGCCGGGGAGCCCGGUGUCAGACCCUGCCGGCCGGAGCGCUCUGAGGGGAGCGCGGGAGCGCCGGGCCCCCCCGCACCCGGCGCCUCGCUGAGGGAACGAGCCGGGCGGGGGCUCCCUGCGCUGCCCGGCCCGAGGCCGCCGGUUCUGCCUGCGGGGCGGCUCCGGGCGUGGGUGGAGGCUGGGGGCUGGCCCUGGGGGCUACUCCGGCCGCCUCGGCGGUGCUGGGCGGCGGCCGCGCUCUGUCGGCCCGCGGCUGCCCCGGUGGGGCCCGGUGCCGGGCUGGCUCCGGCGCACGGGGUUCCCGCAGCGGCGCCGGCUCGAAGCCGCAUCCCGGCUGCGGGGCGCCGAGACCUGCCGGCCCUGAGGCUCUGGCGCUCGCCCCGGCCGUGGCCCGCCGGGGACAGGGGGACCGCCCCAGGCGCGGGGCCCGGGGACACGCGGCGCCGUCCCCGCCCCCCCUGACCUCCUGCCUCUCUCCUGACAGCGCCGCUCGGCACCGGCCGCUUCCCUCCAGCAUCCCCGGCGGUGGCUCUGCUCCAGUAGCCGGCACACGGGACUGAAAUGACCUUGAAAGCCGGGAACAAGGGCAGCUCGCCGGAUCCCGCCCGGGCUCGCCUGGGCCGAGGCAGCCCGGCCGCAAGUGCCUCCCUCUGGCCCUGAUCCUCGUGGGUUUUUCUGGGGGCGAAAUCCCCGGCUCGCCCUCUCCUGCCUCCGCCACACGCUUCCCUCUUGCGCCGGCGGCGGGGAGGGGAUCCAGCGAAAAUCAAACGCCGCCGGAGGGGCUCAUGCCAGACCGUUUCCAGGCUGGAUCCCAGUGCUGCGUCUGGUGGCUGUUUGCUGGCUCUGCCAUUCUGCCGGAGCCCAUGGAUCACUGCUCUGGCCCCAGUCCCCUGGGAUCGUGCUCCACUUUGGCGCUCGGUGCCAAGCGCUGCAGCAUGGCUAUCUCUGGUUGUGGUUUGCCAAGGGCGGAAGUGUCACCUUUCUAGCCCACCGGGUGAUAACCUUCCCUGCGCAGCGCUAGGAGUGUGUUUACUUUACCUGUUGCGGUCGAUAAGCACCUCUGAUAAAAUUCAUGAUAGUAAACAACAGGCUUUAACGAGAGGGGAGCAAUUAAAGGAGAGAGGUGGUGCCCUCGGCAAGCUCUGCCCUGGGAAGAUGGUGUUUUGCUGACCUGGAGGAGCAGACCCUGGUCCUCGCUGCCUGAAAUCUCCAUUACUCCAGGGAGUUUGCAGACCUGUGAUUUUCCCAUUCCAGUCUCCAUCUCUUGAGGAGGAGAGGCUCUGCUUUGGAGGGUGUUAUCAGAGGGAGUCGCUGUUCCUUGACCCACUCGGUUGCAAGCACCAGGGAGCUCCUGGCAAGAAAUGCCUGGGUUUUUUUCUCCAUGUGACUUGAGAAAUCACAAAAAUACUUUUGCUGUCCUUGAGCAGCAGAGAUACUAACGUCUGUGUGCAGACUGGGAUUGAAGAGAAUGGAUUUACGGCUCCAAAAUGCAUCUCUCCCCUCUUUCCUUCCCUGUGUGGGCUGACAGGCUUCUCCUUGCAGCACCAAGCCAAUGCAUGAAAGAGCAGCUCCCCUGAAGAGCCCUGAGCCCAUGCAUGGCCGUGAGAAACUGGAGGCAUCCCACAAGGAAAAGAGUUUGGAUUCCCUUGAUGGCAGCCUCCGCCUGAACGAAGCACUGAAGGAUGAAGACAUCAAGAAGUGCCACCGGGAAGUGGCUGCUAGCAAGUACAACUCCCAGUACCACAAGCUGUUCAAGGACAUCCCGACGGAGGAGAGCGUGCUGAAAGUUUGUUCCUGCGCACUCCAGAGAGAUAUCCUCAUCCAGGGAAGGCUUUACAUCUCCCCUAACUGGCUCUGCUUCUACGCAAAUCUUUUUGGGAAGGACAUCAAGGUUGUGAUCCCAGUGGUCUCCGUGCAGCUGAUAAAAAAGCACAAGACUGCUCGGCUGCUGCCCAAUGGCUUGGCCAUCACCACCAAUGCCAGCAGAAAGUACAUCUUCGUAUCCCUCAUCUCCCGCGACAGUGUCUAUGAUGUCCUGAGGAGAGUCUGCACGCACCUGCAGGUUUCGAGUAAGAAGAGCUUGAGUUUGAAGGAGCUGACAGAGGAGCCUGACGCCGUGUCACUGGAGGUGAUCGUCCCCGAGGGCAAGUGGAGGAAGGUGUCACCCGCCUCACUGUCACUGUCACUGCCGGACACUGACUACCAGUGCAUCCAUCGGACCUCUGUCAGCAGCCUGAGUGCCAAGGAGAGCUCCUUCACCUCUGAGGAGCCCCUGGUUUCGGAAAGUGCAAUAAACACUGAGGAGGAGCUGGAGGUGGAGCAGAGCUGCGUGGCGGAGCUGAGACCCUCUGACUACCAGCUCCUGAAGAUCUUCAUUGUGCUCAUCUGCCUCCUGGUCGUGUCCUCCUCAUACCUGGCAUUUCGUAUCUUCCGUCUGGAGCAGCAGCUCUGCUCUCUGAACCGGGACUACCUCUCCCGUGGGCACAGGAGGUGACCAUGGCCCGCAGUGCUGGCUGAGGACGGAUGCUGAGAUGCUGGCGCCCUGUGUACAGAUCCCAGUGCUGCGUCCUCCUGGCUGUGGCUGUUGCACGUGGCCUGGCUUUGCCUUGGCCGGUAAAAUGGGACCAAGUAUCUUCUCUCUUCCUACUGGCACCCGCUCCCGGUGAAACUGCCCUGCCAGCUCACGGCCACCGGUGCCAACUCCCUGUCCCACUGGAAACCUGUUUUCUCCCCGUGAUGCUUCUGUGCCGUAGCACCGGAUGAUGGCUCAGGGCUGCCGAGUGGUUGGACCUCCCUUUAGGACUUGCUGCUAAAACGGGAGCUGGUUUUUAUUCCAGGCUUGGGUUUUUCUUGUUAAAAGAUGACCUUAGGCUUACUGGGACCCCCCAAAAAUGGGGAUGAGCUGCUGCUGCUGCUCUGAGUGAGGCCCAGGCAGCAGCUCUGGGCUGAGCCUACCUGUUCGUCCCAUUGUCAGUACCCCCAGGGCUGUCACUGGAGGAAUGGCCCCAGCCCCGGGGGUCUGCGGUGACACGGAGAAAGGGUCCACCAGCCCUGUGGAGCAUCUUCUGUCUCAGCAGCCAAGGGUGGGGGCACAGUCCAGGGCCCCCACAGCUCUGCCGGGCUCCACAGCGGCCCGCAGCCCUUCCCUCCUGGAGCACUGGGCCAUCUCUGGGUGUGCGUGUGUGUGAGUGUCCCCUGCAAAGCACUUUAGGGUCCUCCAGGCCAGGCGUCCUCGCUGGGGACUGCACCUGGCAAUGGUGCUGGACCAAGGCUUCGUUAGCCCUGCUUGCCUCAUUAAGACAUCCCGUAAGGAGCCCGCGCCUGGCACCGGUGAACAUCCUGGCUCCCAGCAUGUCUGUGCCCUUGCUUGUGUGAACCUCGUCACCAUGCAGAGCUGAGUGCUGCAGGAUUUGUCCUGCAGCUUGCCCUGGGAGCAUGCUGUGGUGGCAGGUGAUACCUGUGUGGUUUCCUUUGAUUUUUCUUUCCUAUUUUUUGGGAACGACAAGUGCUGAUGGGGCCAAAUCCCCGAGUGCUGGGGAAGAGCUCCCUGCUCGCUCCAGGCUCGGAAGGGCUUUUAAAUGAAAAUAAACCCAGGAUUUUCUAGCA